GCAGGUAUUGGGUUAACGGAGAUAAGAGGUUGUGCAUGUUUUUUUUUCGCGCGAUUGCGGCAACCGAACGGCGUGAGCGCCACGACGUAGCCAUCCAUCCAUUCGCUCCUCGCCGGCUCGCGCGCCUGGCGGUCGCCUCACGUCGCCACGCGAUAUUAUAAUUACCAAUGUUUCUAUGUAAAAAUCGUUCCAGGGCUCCAACUAUACGUACAAAAUAAAUCGUAACUGGCGGAAGAAGCGACAAGGAUAUUUCAAGAUGGACAAGGAUCACGCUUUAGAGGAGAUGAUGGGAAAACUGGGGGAUUUCGGGCGGUACCAGUGCUUCCAGUUCAUACUGCACAUCCUGGCGGCCAUGACUGCCGGUAUGCACAUGCUCUCGCUUGUCACCGUCGCAGCAGUGCCAGAACAUAGGUGCUGGAUUGACGGCGUAGAUACAAAUAUCACAACGGCAUUAUGGAAUUCUACAGAAGUGACGAGGGCUAUUCCUUCAAUUGAAAAUAGGCUACAUAACUGCCUUAUGUUUACGGACGAACUAAAUAACACCGGGAUAUGCAACAAAUGGGUGUUUGACACAAAAUAUAGGUCCUCGUCGAGAGCGAUUGAAUGGGAACUGGUUUGUGACAAAAGGUGGAUGGGCGCACUGGCACAAACGGCCUACAUGCUUGGAGUGUUCACUGGAGCAAUCGUCUUAGGAGGCAUGGCUGACAAAUUCGGAAGAAAAACUAUAUUUUGCUGGUCUUCGGUACUGCAAUUAAUUCUUGGAGUUUUAGUGGCGUUUAUACCAGAAUAUUGGUCCUUUUUAGUAAUCUCAUUUCUGUAUGGAAUUUUUGGUUCUGCUGGAGCGUAUAUAACGGGGUUCGUAUUAUCUAUGGAGAUUGUAGGGACUAGCAAACGAACAGCAUGCGGAGUAGCUUUUCAAGCUGCUUUUGCCGUGGGUAUAAUGUUGGUAGCAAUGUGGGGUGCAAUCAUUGAUGACCGACAAAUUUUGCAAGUAGUUUAUGGAUUGCACGGCCUUUUGCUCAUACCGCACAUUUGGAUUAUGGACGAAUCUCCAAGAUGGCUGUGGGCUCAAGGCAGAGCGAAGGAAGCGGUGGAUAUAGUAGAAAAAGCUUUAAAGUGUAAUAAAUCUACUGAGAGACUAGAUAAAGCUCAACUUGUGUCCAGAGGUAAAGCCGAAUCAUCUAAGGGAACUGACGUACCAGCUGCUCGCACGAUGGAUCUCUUUAAGACCCCAAAUUUAAGAAAGAAGACCCUAAAUGUUUGUCUUUGUUGGUUUGCAAAUUCUUUAGUUUACUAUGGACUUUCAUUGAGCUGCGGUAAACUAGAAGGCAACCCUUACCUGAUUUUAGCUGUUUUGGGUUUCGUGGAAUUCCCGAGUUAUGGUGCAGUCAUAUAUUUUCUUGAUAUCUGGGGCCGAAGGCCGUUGAUCAGCUCUAUGAUGCUGAUAGGCGGUACCGCGUGUAUCGUGGCUACAUUUAUACCGGCGGGCAGCGUAAUUUCUACAGUUAUUGUUAUUGUAGGCAAACUGUUCAUUGCAGGAUCUUUUGCCAUUGUGUACAAUUAUUCAGCAGAACUAUUCCCCACGGUUGUCCGCAAUUCAGCUAUAGGACUGGGAUCUAUGUGUGCUAGGCUAUCUGGGGCGUUGACACCUCUCAUCACAUUGCUCGAUUCCUUCGACCCGAAAAUUCCCGCUGUUAUAUUUGGAGUUAUAGCUCUGAUAUCAGGAUUUCUAACUUUAUUUUUACCCGAAACCAUGAAUCAACCCAUGCCACAAUCGUUAGCGGAUGGGGAAAAGUUUGGUUUGGGAGACACCUGUUUCACAAGUUGUUUAGGAAAGAAACGAAGAGUUGCAGAGGAAGAUGACAAAAGGGGAGAAUCAAUGGUACCUCUCCGAGAUAUGAGCAAAGCGUAAAAUACUUGGAAUCACAGGAUCUAGUCUUUUUAUCAUCUCAAUUAGCCACAGUUGUGGAUGACUCCCAUAUUUGAUAGAUAAAGUCGGACCAAGUUAACUCUGCGUGGCAUUAGCAAAGACAAAGUGAGGCAAUGUAAGUAUGUACCUAAAUAUUCUUUAUUGUGCCCCAUACAGUUAAAAAUACACAGAAAAUUAAAUACAGAACAAUGUCAUCCUUAACGACAAAUUUCUGUGAUGGAACUCCCUCACUUUGCUCUGUUCAAUUCGGUGCAAAGUUAGUUUUUUUUUGUUCCUGACAAAUAAAAUCACUUUUAACCUGGUUUUAACCUCAUUGCGCAAAUGACAGAAGGUCAAUGUGGCUAAUUCCGUCAUAGGUGGCUAUUCCGUCCACAAGCGUUUUUCUCGGACAACAUUGAUAAUUUCGUCGACAAAUCAGCGAUUUUUUUGCUCAGCACGUCCAUAGUGAUCAAACGCAUCAGUUUAAUUGAAGAAAUUUUUUUUAAAUCAAGUUUUACCCACUUUUUUGGCGUUUUAGAGGGCGGGCAAAGAUAUCCGGGGUUUGCGCCAACAUUGCCCAGGUCAAUUUGAUGUUCAAAUACAGCUCGUAUGAUGAUGCAUGAUGUCUAAGGAUCAUUUAAAUAUUUUGGGCAAUCCUACCGUUCCCUGUUAAUAACUUGGCGAUAAGUGUAAAAACUUGUGAAUAAAUUUGGUGGGCAAACCUACCCGCUUUUGACCAUUUCCAUACAAGACUCACCUAAGCAUUUUACAAAGGCUAGGGUUGUCACUUUAGAGAAAACUUGAUACAAUAGUUUAAUGGCCUAAAAUAUGAGUUUGGCUGUGUUUUUCAUGCGUUAAAGGGAUAAAACAUCUAAAUAAAGGAUAAUAAGACUAAUCAAAUACAGUAUAUAUUUAUAAAUUUACUUUAGUAUACAACCAUAACCUUCUAAAACCUUGCGAAGUUGGGUAAAUUUGUCAAAAGUGACAACCCUAAGCCGUUUUUGGUGGUGGGCAAUGUUGGCAUCCGUAGGUCUGUAAAUUACCGGAUUACAUUGCCCACCGCCAAAACUUUUGUGUCUUUAGGCCUUUUUAGAUUAAACCUCAAUGAAUAUAAUCUAUGCUUCAUGUUUUAUAACCGAAACCCGGAAAUAUUUGUCAAAGGGUUCUCAAUUUUUUUCUACUUCAUUCAUUUUUCAAAAAUUUUUUGCCCGCCAAAAUAUACCCUAUAUUUGACAACUCGCUGAAAAUUCCCAAGUCAAGUUGUGCACAUGUUUGGUAUAUAGUUUUGUCACAAAUUUAACCUAUUUUCUGCUAAAAAAUAGCAGGGUGGCCAUAAGUAUUUUAAAUUUUUCUACAUUAACGAAUUUGUUUAAAAUUGUCGUUUUGGGCAAAGUUGGCUAUAAUGACGGUACAUUGACCUUAUGUCAUUUGCGCAAUGAGGUUAAAACCAGGUUAAAAAUGAUUUCAUUUGUCAGGAACCAAAAAAAAACUAACUUUGCACCGAAUUGAAUUCAAAUUAGGUACCUAGUAUGUGGAUGUUUCUCUGGAUUUGGCAUAUGUAUAUAAAGACAUGUUUAUUAAACGACAGCAGCACCAUCGGCGUUAGUUGUACGCAAGCCUCAUUAUUAAAACGACGCCUAGGUUCAAUUAAAAAAAAUGCGGGAUAUAACGAUUUUAAAAUUAAUAAAUCUAAAUGGCCUAACUUUGCUGAAAUGAAAUGUGACCAAGCAAAAGAAAUUUUCUCCACCUUUCAUUCCAUCCUUUGAGCAAUGAAAUUAUCGAGUAUUUUUUUCCUAAACAAAUAUAUGUACCUAUUGCCAUGUGAUGCUCAUAAAAGGAACUGAACUCUAAAUUACCAUAAUUAAGGAAUGAAUGCGGUAAUUUGUAUUUAAAUUUAAGAAUGUAUGAAAAAUUCUGUAAAUAGUAGGAAAACUGAAAAUAUGUUAAUUGUAUAUUAUUCAGAACAACAUGUUGUACAAAUUCGUUUAUAUAAUAGAUAGUUUUCAAAAAGUU